UCGGAACUUUAAUUGCCCAGGCGCAUGCGGUAAAUAGGUUGACAAGAGCAGAAGACAAUACACAAUAUUUCUGUUUGUUUACAGUUUAUAACGUGGAAAGUACAUGUCCUCAAGUGAUUACAACAUUUUCACAGAUUGUCUGAAAAUAUGAAGAGGAGAAAUGCCGAUUGUAGUAAAAUACGACGCCUUCCAAAGCGGAGCAAAAUAACGGAAGGUUUCUACGGAAGCACAUUUCUGUACCUGAAGUUUCUAAUGGUGUGGGCCCUUGUACUAAUGGCAGACUUCAUUCUGGAGUUCCGGUUUGAGUACUUGUGGCCAUUCUGGUUGCUGGUUCGAAGUGUUUACGACUCCUUUAAAUAUCAAGGCCUGGCUUUCUCAGUUUUCUUUGUUUGCAUUGCCGUCACAUCCGAUGUUGUGUGUUACCUGUUUAUCCCCGUACAAUGGCUUUUCUUUGCUGCCAGUACUUAUGUAUGGGUGCAAUAUGUUUGGCAUACAGACAGAGGAAUAUGUCUUCCGACAGUGUCAUUAUGGCUUUUAUUUGUUUAUAUUGAAGCUUCAGUUAGACUAAGAGAACUCAAAAAUUUACCAUUUAAUCUAGAUUUAUGUCGACCAUUUGCAGCUCAUUGCAUUGGUUAUCCAGUUGUCACAUUAGGUUUUGGUUUCAAAAGUUAUAUAUCAUAUAAAAUGAGAUUGCGGAAGCAAAAAGAGGUACAAAAAGAAAAUGAAUUUUACGUCAAUUUAAUACAGCAAGCACUGCCAACAGAAUUACAGAAUCAGUAUAUUGAAAAACAGAAAGCUUUACCUUCAAAGUCAGAGGAGGAAGAAAUCUCACAGAAUGGGGAUAUAGGAGGGAAAGUGAACACAUCAAAUAAAAGUGACCAAAAGUCACCUCCAAAAGACAUUAAUGAAGACGAAGAACUAGAAUUUAUAGAACAGAUACCGCCCAAAUCUAAGACAGAUGUCAAUCAGUUCCAAGACGAGACAGCUGAUAAUAUUUUAAAUGACCAACAUGUCAAGUCCUUUAAAGCAAAUAGUGUGAAUAAAACCUCUAACACCUCAAGUAAACUCAACAGUUCUAAAGACAAUAAAAAAGGCAAAAACAAUAAUACAAAGGAUAUCAACACCACAGCCAGCUUUAGUAAUAACAGAGAUGAAGUUAUAUCAAGAUUAGAGAGUGAUAUUAAAAAAUUAAAAGCAGACCUUCAGUCUAGUCGAAACACAGAGCAGGAACUCCGAUCUCAAAUGAACUCCUAUAUUUCUGGAGACAAAUCUUUACGCUCAGAUAUAUAUCAGCUUCAACAGGAUAAUGAGAAUUUACAGAACAAAUUACAUAAUCUUGUCACAAGUAGGCAGCAAGACAAACAGAAUAUAUCUAGCUUAGAAAAGAAAAUUAACGAAGAAAGGAAGAUAAGGGCAGGAAUAGAAUUACAACUCAGUGCCGAACGGAAAGCCAAGAAAGCAGAAGAAGCGGCGGCAGCACGAGCGGUAGCUCUGGCCACCGCGGCUUCCGCUCAGAGGGCUGAAUGCACAGAUGUAUGUAAACAAAGACAGAGAAGUAUAGAAAAUGAUAUCAAACAGCUCAAAAGGGACCUUAUGCUUCGAGAGGAACAGUAUAGACAGUUAGAAUAUGAAAAUCAGAAUCUUCGACAGUAUAAGGAUCAACAGAACGAAACAGAAGUACUCAUGUCAGCACUCUCAGCAAUGCAAGACAAAAACACUCAUUUAGAAAACAGUCUCAGUGCUGAAACUCGAAUCAAAUUAGACCUCUUCAAAGCAUUGGGGGAAGCUAAACGACAGAUUGAUAUAAUGAAAGAGCUCCACCAGGAGAAAGACAAAGAGUGUGCAGACCUAAGAUCUAAAAUGACGGAGGCUAUGGCCCUGACCAUGAUGCCCACAUCGAGCUCUCCGGCCAUGAAUGGAGUGGCUGACCUCUCCCCCACCCCCCUGUACUCUGCCCCCUACAACAUGAAGGAGGACAUGAUCAUGAAGUCCAAUCUGAACCCUAAUGCCUCAAACUACACACCAAAAACCACCAUGUAGUCCAGCCAGCCCUGAACGUCUGGAACUCUUUUUUUUUUGGAAAUGUUAGGCUUGCCUUUUCAGUAGACUUAAACUCACAAAAAUUAUUGUUUUUUUUCCCUCCCUUUAAAAGAAAAUGUUAAAAUUUGAAACAAGGAGUCUUUAAUUUCCAUGAGAUUUGACCAAAAAUUAAAAUGUUAGAAAUAUAUACAUGUAUUUAUAAAUAAAUAUAUUUUUCACAUUUAGGUAAGAUGAGGACUAAUGAGUAAAAUGAUACAAUUAAAUGUAGAAAUUGUUUGUCCAAUGGGAUUCCUUCUGACAUAUUAUACUUACAGCAUGUUAUUCAUCUCAUUGGUUCAGAACCAGUCAGAAAUUUACUUGCCUGUGCAUACAUUCUAUUCUUGUGAAGUCUCCUUGAUUCAAAUUUUAAUAUUUUACUUUGAGGGAGUUGGAGUAUAAAGCAUUUAUUUCAAUUAAAACACAUUUUGUUCAAAACUGAUGACUGCUGAUGAGAUUUUUGUUAACGGACAGAUAUCCAAAGUGUUCAACAUUUAAUUUUAAAUUGUCUCAGAUAGAGUAGAGAUAUUUAUUGCACCUCUGUUAAAGCAAAAAAGCCAGUCCUCGACAGUGUCGUCUUUAUAAGCAUUUUUUGAGUAUUCAAGGACAAUAUUUUUGAAAGUUUUGCUACUUGUCAAUUCUAACAGGCUAUUGAUUGCUUGUGAUUCAGAAGACAACUUUUAAGUUUGUUAAUAAUUUCUCAGCCUGACUCUCCAGGGGAAAGCAAUGUUUACAUGAUGGUCAUUCAGUUGUUAAGAAGGCAUGCUACAAAAUUGAAGGAAUAGGUUGGUGUAUAUUUUUUGGACCAAAUUUGGUAAUAAAUGAAGUAUCAAUUUUCUUAAAUAUUAAGAAAUUGUAUACUUUACAUUCAGAAUUCCUUUUUUGCCACAACUUAUACAGCUGUUUAUCAUUAAACAGGGAAUUAUUCAGAAAUUUUAAAUGGAGAAAUUUUGAAUAACAAAUUAAAAAUUUAUGUACUAGGUAAAACUUAUUUAUUUUUAUCAUUUGAACAUUGUUUGGGGUUUUCUUAAAAAAAAUUUUGUAGACAUUUGUCCCUAAUAAACAUUGUUGAAUAGGAAUUCUCAUUGAGAGUAGGUUGAUAUGAAGUUAGAAAACAGGCUUAAUUAGGUGUUCUUUCUGAAUAAACAUAUCAUGUCUGUAUUAACUCUUUCUGUACUUUUUUAAUCUUAUUUUAACACAAUUUGUACAACUACAUGUGUAUUUUUGAAUAAUGAAAAUAAGAUAUGCCUAAUGAACUGCUUUGGUACAUAUCACUGAAAUCUUUUUGUAAGUUAUUAAAAAAGCUACACCCCAUGACACUUCUAACAAUACAACUGAAGAGAAAGUUUAGAAUUUGUAACUAUUUUAAGUUGGACCUUUCUUUCUUUGUUAGUUUUUGAGUUAUUUUCCAAAGAAAAUGCUUUGACACUUGUAUUGAUGAAAAAAAAAGUUCCUCAACGAACUUGAUAUUUUUCUUAUAUGUCUUUCCCUGACUGCAGUAUAUAAAGUGACCCAUCAAAUUUUUAAAACAGAAAAUACAGAGGUAUUUUUACUACUUAAAAGAUGCAAAAUAUUUAUAAAGUUAUGAGACUCAUGCUUUACUGGGAGUGUUAUACAGCGUGCUCUGUUGUGGUCUAUAUCUGUAUAUGCUGCAGUGAUGGGAAGGUGUAACACUCUAUAUGUUUAGUUAUUGUGACUGUAACCCUGUGGUUGUUUUUGCUUUGUAUCAUUAGUUUUUGGUGUUCAUAACCUCCAGACAAGGGAGGUCACCUCGGAGGGAGGUCAAGGUUAAGUGCUGUGGAAGGUACCACGUAGUGUCCAGCUGCUCUUGGGACAGAGACAGUGGAUCAAAAAUGCCCUGAACUUGCUGCCAGAAAUAAAAGCUAGCAAAUAUCAAA